UCUUCAACUGAAAAAACCCUAGCGUCGACUUUCGGAGGUUGGGGGAAGAAGGCAGAAGGCAGAAUGCAAGCCCAGUGGGGUGACGAGGAGACUCGGGAUUUGAUAUUGAUUCGUGGGGAAGUUGAAAGAGAAUUCACUGGAAUCAAAAGGAACAAAACUGUAUGGGAGAUUGUUAGCUUUAAAAUGAAAGAGAAAGGCUAUUCCAGGACUCCCGAUCAAUGUAAAUGCAAGUGGAAAAACCUCCUCAAUCGCUAUAAGGGCAAGGAGACAUCUGAUCCAGAUAGCGGGCGGCAAUGUCCCUUUUUUGAUGAAAUGCAUGCAGUGUUUAUUGAAAGAGCGAAGAAUAUGCGGAGAUUACUUACUCAACCAGAGAAAAGGGGUAAGACAUUGAGUGGUAAUAGGUAUUCCGAUGAAUUGUCCGAUGAUGAAGAUGAUGUUGAUGAGGAAGAUGAGAAUGAGGCAGAGGUGCCUGUUAGAGGUAAUUCUCGGAAGAGGAAGAUUGAAAGAACUGUUUCAGAUAAGACUUCAAGAGGUGGCAGCAGUGGUGGAAAAAUUGAGGAAUUGCUUAAGGAUUUCUUUGAGAAGCAACAAAGGAUGGAGAUUGAGUGGAUGGAGAUGAUGGAGAGGCGUGCCCGAGAACGGGAAUUGCUAGAGCAGGAAUGGAGGCAAAGAAUAGAGAAACAUGAGAGGGAGAUGUUAAUGGUCGAACAGGCUUGGAGGGAGAAAGAGGAGCAAAGGAAAAUAAAAGAAGAAAGACGAGCCGAGACGAGGGAUGCUCUAUUGACUACCCUUUUGACGAAACUUAUCAAUGAGAACAAUCUCUAAAGUGGAGGAUUUUAGCUUGGUUGUUGCUUGUAAAGAAAGUAAAUGCAUAACAGGUGAGAAAAUACUUUGAUUUUAAAGAUAAACUUCUUUGCAAAGAGGAAGUAGCUAUUGUAUGCAAGAAACAUAUGUAUAAACAUAUGGAAAGUAACUAUUGUAUGUGCAAGAAACAUAUGGAAAGUAGCUAUUGUAUGCAAUUAGGUUCACUAUUUGUUAGUAUAGUCACAUCGACAUUGAAGAAAUUCUAGUGUUUAAGAGAAGAAAUAUUCAUUUCUUGGUCUUAAUCUGCUGCAGUUAUGAAGUAAGUAUUUUUGUUGACACCUUUUGUUUCCUUUUUCAUGUAAAUAUAUUAUGUUCAUACAAGUGAAAAGGGUAUCGUCUAGUUUGUGUUUCAGUUUGAAUGUUGUUCAUAGUGUGCAUUUGUUUCUCUGUAUUGUAAUCAUUCUAGUGGCUAUUAUAAGAAAUAUGGGUUUAAACUA